AUGACUGACAUUUCUCUACAUGAACUGAGCGGCACAAACAGGUUUGAAACACUUUCGAACGGGGUUUCCAAGCGAUUGCUACAGGUGACCUCACAAUUACGAUCUGCAGACAAGAGGGUGGACACACUACAGCGCAGCGGGGCAUCUGAAGAGCUUGAUCGGAUAGAGAGUCAGUUUGAUGAGAUCUCUGCUGCGAUUGAAGAUUUAGAGGACGAUGUGAAGGAGCUCGGGACGACGGUUGCUGCAGGAGAGGCCAGCAGGCGGUAUAGAGACGAAGUUGGAGGUGAAGAAGGGACGGCGGAACGGUUGAGGCAGAAGCAAAGGGUCGUUGUGGAAAAGCUAGAGCGGGGAGUGGAGGAGACGAGGAGACUACUUGAGCAGAUGCAGGGAGCUGUGAACCGGGUGAAGACGCAGCCGACGCAGUCGACACAAUCCACGGACUUGCUCGACAUGAGAAGCGAGGUGCCGGAAGAGGCGGACGAGGAGGGCGGUGAGACGACAAGUCGAGGCGUCGUUGCAGGAAAGGUGUUCCAGAUCCAGCACACGCCGUUGAAUGCAGAACAGCUCGAAUCUCAGCAUUAUGAAGCUAUCCAGCGGGAGACGGAGAUUAGCCGGAUCGUGAACAGCGUCGGCGAGUUGAACCAGAUCUUCCACGACCUGGACACGCUUGUAAGCGGGCAGGGCGAGCUGUUGGACAACAUCGAGAACAACAUCUACAGCACGCUUGAAAACACACGGUACGCCGACCGAGAGCUCCGCAAGGCGGACAGCUGGGACCGCAAGAGACGCCGGUGCAGCUGUGUGCUGGUGGUGGUUGUUGUUAUCGUGAUGCUGAUCCUUCUUGCGCUCAUCAGCUAG